ACUAUAAUACCAAUCGGUGUGCGCUUUGACUCAUGCGUUUUAGCCAUUUCAUUAUGAAUAUUUUUCCUGAAAAUAUAAGUAUGCACGACUCUGUAAACAUAAAACGAAAAGUGAAUUUCCUUGGAUUUUUUAACAUAACAAACGAAUACAGAAACCCUCCAAAAAACCUUUCAAAAUGCGUAUUUUGGGGUAUAUAGAAUGGUUCCUGAAUAGUUUUAUGGAGGGAUCAUAAACGGUUAAAAAGGGUUCGUCACAGGAUGGAGAAUUCGACCUUGCAACAAAGUUGAAAAUUGCAGAUAAUAUGACUUUGAUACAAAUGUCUAUUUAUGUAAUGCCUAUAACUACUAUUACUUCAUACUACUACCCAUUACUACUCACUACUACCUAGUACUACCUAGUACUACCAAGUAGUACUCAGUAACUCAGUACUACCUAGUACUGCCUAGCGCUCCUCCGUAACUCGGUACUACCUAGUGCUCACUCAGUAACCCAGUACUACCUAGUACUACCCAGUACUACUCAGUAACUCAGUACUACCUAGUACUACCUAGCGCUCCUCCGUAACUCGGUACUACCCAGUACUACCUAGUACUACCAAGUAGUACUCAGUAACUCAGUACUACCUAGUACUACCUGGUACUAUUCCGUAAAUCGGUUUUGAGAUAAGCACAUGGAAAUAUAACCUGAUGUGUCUACUUUCAGAAGCUGUAUUGCGUUUGGUUACAGAACUAGUUUUUCGGGGAUUUUGAGCAAGUUUUCCGACAACCUUGAAAGACCGGUCUUCAAAUAAUAGUUUUUUCAUGGAUACUUGUGCAAUUAAAAUUUUCCUGAACAGAGAGAUUUGUAGAUCAAACGUUUCUGAUCAAAAUAAGACGUCGCACAACUCUGUAUGACCUUGCAUCAAAAAGUUACAAGUAUUUACCUAGAAGUCCUAAACUGAGCAUUUUGUACAGCGUUUUCUCUACAUGAAAGUUAUAGCUGAAGUGUGCCCCAAGAUUUUUAAUAGUGGUUUGUCGUAGAGAGUUCAUUCUGUUUUUGCUUAAAAGAGGAAAAGAAACUACAUCGACUGACAAUCGCCGAUUUUCGAAUUAGGUCCUAGUUUUUUAUCAAAUAGAAGAUUUUUAGAAAAUCCGGAUGGCUUUUUGGGGUUAUGGAGGUUGUUGGUUACCUGGAAAACUAAUAAAGGCUUAAUUAAAAAGUCGGCUCGUGUCAGUCCAUGUAGUUAGGCGUCUGGUUUAAAACAAAACAAACCCGAACUCUGCAGCUUGAAGUAUAUUAAAAAAUCUUGGGACACACUUCAGGGUUCUUUUUAAACCUUGAUCUCUGGAAAACUCUUGAACGGUAAGACUUAGAGACAAAAAACUUUUUUCAUUCUCGUAACUCAUUGUGCCUAACAUUUAUGAAAAGUUUCGCCAAGAUUCGAUGUACGGUGUCGGAGAUAAUUUCUGAAGGGGGGACCCCUUAACGAGUGUUUGUGUGUAUAGUAGUGCUUUACUUACUUCAUUGGUAUAUGUGAGCUAACUGUACCGUAGUCUGAGGUGAAAGGGGACAUGAAUUCUAGUAGGUAGAUACCGCUAAAAUAAGUGUCCUCUGUUUUUUUCUUUUACUUAAGGGAAAUACUUAUCCAAACAGAGUUAUGCCGAUACGAUAAUUGUGUGAUGUCCUUUUGUGAAGCCAAAAACAGCUGGAAAUAGCAGUUAGACAAUGAUGAUCCGGUUUUCUCUCAUCACUGUAACAGAAGUUCCUACCACGACUUUAGAUGGUUUGUGUGUAUGGAAGUGCUUUACUUGCUUCACUGGUGUAUGGGGGCUAGCUGUACGACAGAAGAAGUGAUGGCGAAAGCAUGAAAAGUCGUCGCAGGAACUUCCAUUACAAUGAUGAGAGAAAACUGGAUCAUCAUUGUCCAACUGUUGUUUGCAGCUGUUCUGCAGAUAAUUUGAUAAACGGACAUCACACAAUUAUCGUAUUGGUAUAACUCUGUUUUGAAUAAACAUUUCCUUUGAGUAUGAGAAAUAAAAUAGAGGACAUUUAUUUUAGCGGUAUCUACCUAUUUUCAGUUAUUCAGGUCUGCUUUCACUUCAGAUUAGGCUACUUUGCUUUUCCGUAAAUAAAUAGCGUCAUAUGUCACAUCGUGCACUUGCUUUAUCUCACAUCGUAAAGUGACGCCCUCCAUUGAGUUCAGUUUUUAUUAUUUCUAGUAUGUUUUACGUAUUUGUAGACGAUGUUCGCCCUUUAGUCGGCUUCUACAUGUCUGCGACAUGUUUGUAAAAAUAACGUUUAUGCGCUCUCUUAUGAUUGGCUUGUCCACAACACAAAGAAACGGUUGUGAGCGGGGGGAUUAAAGAUGAGGAAAGAUGGACAGAACGAUUAUUAAAAUGCAGUAAGGAGGAGGAGAGAUUUGUAUUCUUCAUAAUGCACAUUUAGUAAAAAUAGCGGAUGAUGUAUUAAGUCUAUAUGGUUCGAAGUCUUCGUGAAUUGAGUUUCGGAACAUAACAGAACCAUUAAGGCAGAUGUAGCCCGUUACAGAUAACAUAUUGCAUCUUUCGCUGCCUUGGCAUAGAUACAUUGCCAUAUCGCUGUUUUGUUUUAGAUAUUACUUACACUGUCUUGAAAACAAAGAUAUGCCGGUUAAAGGGGAUGAAAAAUAUGGCAAAAUACUACAAGAAAAUAUAAAAGCUGCAGCACAAAUUAAAUUCGAUUUGCAAAUAAUAUUGAAUAGUAAUGAAAUGGCUAUUUUUAAUCGUUAUAAAGAAGUUGGUGCUAAUACAGAUAUUCUUUUCUAUGUGAUGUUGCCAUUACUAUCACGUUUUGCUCAAUCAUCGACAUAUUUAUCUAUGUUUAAGCAAUUAAAACCAUUAAAUUUAUACAGUAUGGUAAUUGGACCACCAGGUUGUGGAAAAUCGCCCAAUUUAAAAUAUUUAAUGACAGCAGCCACAAAAGUCGCAAAAGUUUUCAGAAAUGAUUAUAUAAAAAGUAUACCAUCUGAUGGAGAUAAUACACAACCACGAAAUAGUAUAACGAAUAGUCCUAAUGGGUUGGCUUUAUUAAAAUUACUGGCUACCGGUGAUGUAUGUUUAGUAAACGAUGAAAUUGAUGGUGUAUUUGUGAAAUGGGGUAUUUACAACGAAAAACCAACAGAAGAAGUUCCUAUAUUAUGUGCAUCUUUCGACAG